GACAACAUUUAAAUCCGAUCGGUGCGGCCGGCGGCGCGGUCGCUUACCGAAAAACGCGCUCCCGGAAUUUUACGACCAGCUUAUCAAGAGAUAAAAGUUAUGAUUAUAGAUUAGUGGGUCAGACAUUAAAAAUAUUAAGUGAUUGUAUAAUUUUUGGAUACAAUAGACAUGGUUCUCUUCGAUCUGUUAUUAUCAGCCGGUUUAACUACGGCGGCAUUGGUCUCGUAUUUGUUAUUAUUUAAGAAAGCACCAACAAGAAAUGGGCCCUACAAAUCACCAGGAUGGAAUUACUACCUAAAGCUGGUCUGCGCGCGGUGGGCUGUCAGACGAUGGAAGUCCCGAAGAAAGGCCACAUGUCUAACAGAAGACUCGCCACUUCCCACCCACACGUCCGAGGGCCUGGACAGUAUCAGCAUCAAAGCGACGUCACCGCAGGGACCCACCGUGUUACUCGGAAUACGCAAGUUGUCUGGAAAAACGCCGUUAGCAGAAAUCACUCUCCACGUGAAGCUAGCGGACGGGAGCUCUUACAAAUUACUACAUCACCCAGACACAGCAGUAGGAGUUUGGGAGGCCGCCGAUGGAACAUGGCACGCAGGAGGCCUCAAGAUACAAUUGCUAGAGAGACACAUGCGCCUGAGGAUCAUCUACAACGGCCUCGUCACUAAAGUUGGGGACAACACUACACAUCACGCUAAGUUCAAUGCCCUUUGGAUAGCGGCGUCGAAUCCGGUGCGGUAUCCCGAAGAUUGGAGCGACGAGUUAGCGGCAGGAGCACUCGCGCUUGAGCCCUGGCGGGAUGGGGACUGGCCCAAUAUUUUGGAUAGAUGGGAAGACGGCGGCUGGUUGCAAUGGGGCGUGGUGCAGGGCCGGUUCCAGGUCUUCGACCAGGACGUGGCGACUACGAGCGAGUACUUGCAGGUUCGUGGUGUGAAGGAGCGCAGCUGGGCACCGCAUGGGUACCAAGGUCUGAGGAGAACGGUGGGCAUAAUGGUAGCGGCGAAAGAUGGUACCGCCGUACAGCUAAAAGCGGUGGCUUACAAGAACGUUUUGACGCAGUGCUAUUCUGGGUGUGUCCGAUUCCCGGACUUCCAAGUGCAAAGUAUCACGGCCACCGAUUUCGUCAUGUCAGACUUCUGCGAACUACCGGCCAGCAUACCGAAGAGUUACACGAUCAACGUUAGCACAAAGAACAGGGACCUAAAAGUAGUGAUACGGAUCAACUCUGAAGGCGGACAUUUGUUCAGCGGUGUGCCGUAUCAGCAAGAAAUGGUGUACCGCACGCUGGUGGUGGAAAUUAAUGGUGAACCCGGCACGGGGAUUCUGGAGAUGGGCUACCAACCGACAGACAUAAGAGAACCAGCUGUUCGCCUCGCUCCGGCGCGCGCCCUCAGAUGGGUCGCAGCGAGCGAAGUCGGGCCAGUGUCGUACUGCGCCCCCUUCGAGUCUAAAGUGGCUUCCUGCACAGAGUAUGUUGGGGGCAAGGGUGCUUCGCUGUCACUGUUGGUGUCCAUGCAGGAUGAAGAGGGUUACAAAGUUCCACCAGGGUAUUGCUUGACCACUAAAGCGCUCGAGAAGCAUCUAGAAAUUAACCCGAAAUUGAAAGAAGCUAUUCUAGAAAUUGAUAAGGCUGGCGGUGAUUACGAAGAGACACACUUCAAACAAACAUGUACUAGGGCAGCAGAGUUAAUAACCGAAACUAAAAUAACGGGAGACAUUAAAGAGGAAAUUCUGAAGGAGUUAAAUGACUUAAAGGAGAAAGCUGUAAAAGCAGGCUUGGGGCCAGAACUCCGCUUCGCAGUUCGGUCUUCAGCCGUUGGAGAAGACAGCGAGUCGUUGUCCGCGGCCGGGCAGAAUGAGACCGUGCUCGGCUGUACCGAGGAGGAUGUGCUUCGUGGAGUGCAGAAGUGUUGGGGAUCUAUGUUCGCUUUCACAAGCGCGUACUACCGCAGACAAAACGGCCAGCAAUGUCUGUGCGGUGGUGGAGUGGUAGUUCAAGCAUUAGUGAGUCCGCGCGCGGCUGGCGUGCUGUUCACUAGACAUCCCGCAGCCGGUGAUCCUUCGCGGCUACUCAUCACCGCCAACUAUGGUCUUGGCGAGAGCGUGGUAUCCGGCGCAGUGGAGCCCGACACGAUAACCGUGUCUCGCGACCCGGACGACGGCCUCACGAUAUCCAGCAUCGUGCUCGGCUCGAAGACGUCCCGCGUGUCGGCGGCCGGCGGCGGCGGCGGCGUGGAGAUGCAGGCCGUGUCGGAGGCCGAGCGAGGCGUGCCGUGCCUCGCGGAGAGCGAGGUGUUGCGGCUGGCGAGGCUGGGGGUGCGGCAGGAAGAGCUGUGGGGCGCUGGCAGGGAUAUCGAGUGGGCUGUGUGUAAGGAUGGUAUCUACCUGCUUCAAGCACGUCCCAUCACAUCUCUGGAGCGGUGGACGGAAGAGGAACUACUCCACGAGAUAGACUACCCGAUCAUGUCGGACGACGAGCUCAUCACCUUCGCUAACACUGGCGAGGUGUUACCCAAGGCCCUGUCGCCGUUAAGCUAUGACGUAAUGUUGCGACCGCUACAGAAAUCCAUCGGUCGCAUGAUCGGCAGCAGCCAAGAGGGAUACGACCACAGUAUCAUCGUGACCCACAGCCGCUGCGCUAUGGCUCUGUAUAACUCGGUAUACAAACGGGUAUCAUCAGAAAUCGACGUGGGUAUCCGCAUGAUCGAGAUGGCAGUUCACGGGCACAAGGUGGCCGACGAUCAUAUUUUCAGCGUGGCCUUGCACCGCCGGAAACCGCAGUGGACCGACAAGCCCGCGAUGAUCUUAAUGAUGACUCGGGACAUACUGUUCACCAAACGGCACAUGAACGACACGAUCAAGAAGGUCGACCGUAUGACCAUCGACUCUUUCAAGUCUGACCGACCCGAAGAAUACCUGGCAGCUUUGCUGGAUCUAGACCAAGAUAUCCGAAGGUUGUCGUUCAACCACAUGAGCACUAGCGCUGCGAGUACAGCUAGCCAGUUUAUUGCUAUGACAGUGCUGUUGGAAGGGGGGCAGGAUUUCACCUCCGAGCAAUGCAACGAGAUAAGCAUAAUCCUCAGUUCGGGCGACGUGUUGUCAGCCGAAGUACCGCACAUGCUGGACCGCCUGGCGCGCAAGCUGGGCGCCUCCAGCAAGGUGGACGAAUUCCGCGCGCAGAAACCUAAGGACGCGCUCGGCUGGCUACAAGAUAAUCAGCCGGAUAUUCAUAAAGAAAUCAUGGAGUUCUUGAAUAAACAUGGCCAUAGAUGCAUUAUGGAGUUCGACUUGGCGACGAAACCUUGGGCCCUGGUUCCCGAUGACCUAAUGGAGGUCUUGCAGAACAUGCGACCUCCACAGGAGCCCGUCAAAUCGCACGCCAAGACCGACGCCGAAAUCAUCGCAGCACUAAAAACACCGAAGAAAUCUAGCACAAAGAAAGUCCUAAGCUGGCUUCUACCUCUAUGCCGGCGCACCGUGCGGCACCGCGAAAGCACAAAAGCGCACCUUAUCCUGGCCAUUCACAAGACACGGCUAGCUGUCCGGCGACUAGGCCAGCUCCUCGUCCAGCGGUGGUUCCUUCCCGAUGCAGACCUGGUCUACUACUUCCGCGUUCACGAGCUGCUAGAGUAUAUCGAGACUAGGAACCCAGAUUUGCUUAAAAAAGCCAUGCAGCGCUACCAGCAUUUCACUGCUUGGUCAAAAUUGCGGUUUGCCGAGUUGAACUCGGGCUGGCUGUCGCCUCUACCGGCGGUGAGGCCCCGCGUGGAGGCCGGCGACGCGCGCCUCGAGGCCACUUCUGUGUGCGGCGGCGAGACCGUAGCGCGGGCCUGCGUCGUCAAAGAUCUGUCGGAGAUUGGGCAGCUACAACAAGGAGACGUUCUCAUAACGCACUCUACUGACAUUGGAUGGUCACCGUAUUUCCCGCUCUUGACUGGUAUCGUCACGGAACUCGGGGGACUCAUUUCACAUGGAGCGGUGAUAGCACGAGAGUACGGCCUGCCAUGCAUAGUGGGCGCGGCCAACGCGACGGACAUGUUCCGCACGGGCGACACGGUGCGCCUGUCCGGCACGCACGGCGUGCUGGAGCGCGUCACCGUCGCUAAGGAAGAAAACGCCUAGCUGCUGUGGCUCUAAAAAUAUAACUCAAGCUAUAUCAUUUUCAUUUGUUAUGUUAGUGGACAAGGGAAGCCUUCUUCUCUUAUGGAAGUCCAAACGAUUACUAUGAACUAAGAGUACGUUUAUCUAAACAGGAAUUCUAAGGGUUUUAGUUUCAUGAAAUAAAUUAAAUAUACCCGCCUAUUCAAACCCACCUGUAUACUGCAGUGGGUUCAUCACCUUUUGUACUUAUUAUGUAGAUCAACGUUUUUCAACAUGUUCCUAGUGUGAUGGUGGUGCAGCUAAAUGGCAUAUCGUGACCUAAUAACCGAAGUUAGCCCGUAGAUUUAUGUUAACCGUCGGAUUUAUGGGCGAUUAAAAAUAGCCCGCCCGAAAUGAAAUUUCAAUAUGUGAUUUAUUACCUAAUUGUGAUAAUUGUACAAUAUUAUAUUAUAAGUUUAUAGUGUUUAUUGCAAAGUUACUUAUUUAAUGUUUUUUUUUUUAUAUACAAUGAUACACAUUUAUAAAAACAACAGCACCAGUUGGACAGGGUUUCUGUCGACCCUUAGAAAUAAUACUUAUUGCGCCAU